AGUUAAAUCUUCACUUUCGCUCUCUCGUCUUCCUUCCUUUAGAAUUUUUCUCUAGACGCCUACCAAAGGAAAUGGAGUUGGUUAACAAACUGGCGGCGCUAGCAACAAGAGCAGCCAACAACAUCGUGGUGAUAGACGUAUGUUUAGUCACCUCGUUCGCGGUUUUAGGCAUUCGAUCCCUGAACCAGCAGAAUGUGAUCGAAUCCCUGGAAGCCGAGAGAGAUUCAUUGACGAAAACCAACAAAGCCAUGAAGAAGACGAUGUGGGAUUGGAAGCAGCAGCUCUUCGACGAAGCCUCGUCAUCUGCUUCCCCUCUUGUCCCUCUCGCUAACCUCAAAGCUAUCUAUGGCGAAUCCACCGCUCCUUCAACAGGAGAUGGUGUAAAAGAAGGGGUGAAAUCUCCACCAACCAAAUUUGUUGUUUGAACUUCGAAUUGGGUUAUAGCAAGCAAGGACCUUUUGGUGUUGAGAGGAUAAUCUGCUACUCAGUUCCUCAACUUGAACUUUAGCCUCCAUUAACUGCCAAAUGAAUCUCAUAUGAUAUCAGAUAAUUCUCGUUAAGUGAGAUGCCAA